CCGGCGCGGGGUCUGCGCCGCUGGACCACCGUUGGAACCAGAGCUUAGUGUAGGUGCUGCUAGGUCUCUCGGAGGCAGACCGAGGGGAGGGUCGCGCGCUCCAGGGAGGGGAACUCCUGGGAGAUGAGGGUAGCGGCAGAAGCUUCCGAGGCCUCCUUGGGCCGCGGCGACAACCCGCUAUUCCCUCCUAACCUUCGCCAAGGCACUACCUAUCCCCCUUCUUCCGCUUCCGACCCCGCCCCUCCCGCCUCAUUGGCCCGUAACCAGGCCGACUCCCAGCUCAUUGGUCCAUCCCUCUCACCGAAACCAUCCAGACCCUUCCUCGGGCCUUCUCCGCCCAACUGAGGUCCCGCCUUCUCCAGGCUCCAUCCUCAUUCCCAGCCUCCUAAGCCGCGCCCCUAUCCCAUAUAACGCUCUUAGGCCUAGUUGGGGCCCACCUUUCCAGCUAGUAGGCCGCACUUACUCUGCAUUGCUCCGCCCCUUUGCCCCAGACCCCGCCCAUUUCACCCACAACGCCUCCUGUCUUCGGUUCAUGCAGGACCCCAGUCUCCCUCUAGAUUUUAGAUCCCGAUCACCCAGCCAACUCCGGCGUCCUACUAGACCCCUGCCCCUUAAGACUCGCCUAAGCCUUUAUAGAUCCCUCCCACAGCCCGAGCCUUUAGCAUCCCUUCUACCCAAGGCUCCACCCCAACCACCUGAGUCUGGUCCUCGCAGCCUCCUCCCCCGCACCUCGAGCCUUGCUCCCGGCCACUGUCGCGCCCAGGUGUUUAUCUAACAGUUGAAUUGUAAGCCAUGGCAGUUUCGGUCUGAGCCGCCCAGCUCUUCUCUCGGUGCGUUCGGCAAACGACGAUACGGAGGGGCUCCAGACCAAAGGCGGCGGGCUCGCCAGCCCAAAUUCCGUCUCGCUGCUGCAGCCCGCGCCCCCCGCCCAUACCCCAGACGGCAACGCGGUAGUCCCGGGACGCGGCGACAUGCCCGAGCUGGUGGUGACGGCGCUACUGGCGCCCUCGCGCCUCACUCUGAAGCUGCUUCGUGCCUUUAUGUGGAGCCUCGUGUUCUCUGCGGCGCUGGUGGCUGCAGCUGUCUAUGGCUGCAUCGCGCUCACGCACGUGAUGUGCCGGCCGCGACGCGGCUUUUGCGGGCGCCCCCGGCACACCCCACCGGUCUGCUUGACCGACCCCACGCUGGGAGAGCACUGCUUCCUGAUUCUUAGGAGCUCGGGCCUGCGCUUGCACUAUGUCUCUGCUGGACGCGGCAAAGGGCCUCUCAUGCUGUUUCUGCAUGGCUUCCCUGAGAACUGGUUCUCCUGGCGCCACCAGCUCCGGGAGUUUCAGAGCCGCUUCCACGUGGUGGCUGUGGACCUGCGGGGAUACGGCUCCUCCGAUGCACCAAAGGAUGUGGAUUGUUACACCAUCGACCUGCUGAUGGCAGAUAUCCAGGAUGUCAUUCUGGGCCUGGGUUAUUCCAAGUGUAUUCUCGUGGGCCAUGACUGGGGUGCACUCCUAGCCUGGAAUUUCUCCAUCUACUACCCAUCCCUGGUGGAGCGAAUGGUAGUGGUCAGUGCUGCCCCCAUGUCAGUGUACCAAGACUACUCUUUGCACCACAUCAGCCAGUUCUUCCGUUCCAACUACAUUUUCCUGUUCCAGCUUCCCUGGCUGCCUGAGAAGCUGCUAUCCAUGUCUGACUUCCAGAUCCUUAAGACCACCCUCACCCACCGCAAGAGGGGCAUCCCGCAGUUGACCCCCAGUGAACUUGAAGCCUUCCUUUAUGACUUCUCACAGCCUGGUGGCCUCAAUGGACCCCUCAACUACUAUCGAAACAUCUUCAGGACCUUCCCCCUGGAGCCCCAGGAGCUGGCCACACCCACACUGCUGCUAUGGGGGGAGAAGGACCCCUAUUUUGAGCAAGGUCUGGUAGAGGCCAUCAGCAGCCGUUUUGUGCCGGGCCGGCUCGAAGCCCACAUCCUGCCAGGCACGGGGCACUGGAUCCCCCAGACCAAUCCUGUGGAAAUGCACCAAUAUAUGUGGGCCUUCUUGCAAGACCUGCUGGACUGAUGGCCCUAGCUCGCUGGCCUGCAUGCACCCAGGAGUUCUCACACUGGCUUGCAUGCUCCCAGGUUGUAUAUAUACAGAUGGACUCUUGAUGCACAUGGAUGAAACUCCUAGACUGCACACAAGUGCUUCUGUGGUUACCCUCAGCCACACCACCCUCAUAUGCUCCCAUACAGGCAGGCAUGUGUGCACUUGUGAGCAAGCACUUUGACCCCAGGGAACCAGGUAUGCCUCUCUGUGGAGCUAGAUACUGAGCGUCCUACUUCUCCUCUCCAUGAGACCCCACCCAUCUUGCCAAAGUCAAAGCCCAGAGCUGUGUUGACCGUGAACUAUGACCUUUCUGUCCCUGGCUUCCACCGCCAGCCUGGAGUCCUCAGGUAUAUGCUGCUCUGUCCAAUACAGUACUUGUAGCCACGUCUGGCUACUUCCAUUUAAAUGCAAGUUAAUUAAAAUUAAAUACGAUGAAAAAUUCA